CAGUGUGUGUGCGUGUGUGAAACGUCACAUCUGUACGAAUAUUGGAAAUUGUUUACACUCGUUUGUGUGACAUCAAAAAGAACGCGCAACAUCCCACUUGUUACCUGCGACCGAAUUCCGAUGCUCAUCAAAGGAUUACCAUGAAAACAAUUCUUGAAACAGUCGGCAUUUAUUUGUUCCUUGUCAAUGCUAUUUCAUCGGAAGAGAAUAGUUGUUCAGAUGGUGGUAACACCUGUGUGAAAACAACUGAGACUAACGAUUCACAUGGCGGUGUGAAUUUGUACAGCAAAGAAACAAAUGAGUUCAUAUCGAAAAUCAAUCAAGCGCUCGCCGAGUAUGAACCGUGUGAAGAGAAAAAUUGCGGUUGUCAUGCGGGAACCAUCACCAAGUCGUUGCAUCCAUUUCGAAAUGGAAUUACCGAAAAGAUGUUGGACGAUGUACGGCAAUUGGGCACCAAAUAUCAAAUUAUUGACAAGCACAUCUAUCGUGAUCCUAGUUGUUUGUUUCCAUCGCGUUGUGCGGGUAUUGAAUAUUUUCUGAAAGCAAAUAUUCAGAAAAUUCCCGAUCUGGAGAUGAUUGUGAAUUGCCGGGAUUGGCCACAAAUCAAUAUUCACCAUCAUAAAUUUGGUCCAAUAUUUUCGUUCAGUCGAACCAAUGAUUAUUAUGAUAUUAUGUAUCCGGCGUGGAGUUUUUGGGCAGGCGGUCCUGCGAUUUCACUCUAUCCAACGGGCUUAGGUCGAUGGGAUCAACAUCGAAAAUCGAUCAAUGAUGCGUCACACGCAUGGCCAUGGUCCGAGAAGAAUUCGGUUGGAUUUUUCCGUGGCUCACGAACCUCCUCUGAACGCGAUCCAUUAGUGUUACUCUCAAGAGAAGACCCCGAUCUCGUCGAAGCUCAGUAUACAAAAAAUCAAGCGUGGAAAUCACCAAAAGACACACUCAACGCAGAACCAGCCAAGGAGAUCUCCUUGGAAGAUCACUGCCAAUAUAAAUACCUCUUUAAUUUUCGGGGAGUUGCAGCUAGUUUUAGAUUUAAGCAUUUGUUCCUCUGUAAAUCAUUAGUAUUUCACGUUGGUGAUGAAUGGCAAGAGUUUUUCUACGACUCGCUAAAGCCAUGGGUUCAUUAUGUGCCAGUAUCGAAAAAUCCAAGUGCCGAAGAAUUGCGGAAAUUGUUGGAGUUUUUCAAAGAGCACGAUCAUCUAGCCAAGGAUAUUGCAGAAAGGGGCAGAAAUCAAAUUUGGGAACAUCUGAAGAUGAAAGAUAUUCAUUGCUACUGGCGGAAGCUGCUGCGUAAAUACGCCAAAUUACUUAAAUUCGAAGUCAAACGCGAUCCGAAUCUCAUUCUAGUAUAAAAAAGAAGAAAAAACGAAGAAUGCUCAAAUGUAGUGGACUCAGUACUAUUGUAACGAAAAACAGAUUGAAAUUGUGGAUAAAAUGAUUUAUUUUUCAUUACUACUAAAAAAGAGUGUUUUCUGAGAAUUUUAUUUUGAAAUACAAGUUUUUAAAAAAGUGAACACCUCUCCUAAUAUGAAAUAUAAAGUGUAAAAUAUGAUGUGAAUAAAAAAAAUCAAUAGAAAAAA